GGCGCUCAGAGGUGCGGACGGAGCGAGCGGAGCGGCGAGGUUUGCGAGGCCCUGAGAGCUGGUCCAUAUAUAGCGGGUGUGGGUGGCUGGAGCGAGCUUCUCCGGAGAGAGCUUUCACAGUUCCGUUGGCUUAAUCUUCAGUCUGUGCUCGUGCAGCUACAGCCCGCUUGUCCUACGUUGAGGGGAUCAUCGACAGCAUGGCCCAGGCACUGCCUGUGAAGGAUGCAGGAAGUUCCAUGGAAAGCACAGCCACUAGAAGAAAGCUGCCAUUGACAGACACAAAUGAUAAUGGAGAAAUGGUACUACACUCUGAUUCAGUUGAGAAGCCAAAGAAGUUGCAGUAUGCUUCUAAGAAUGUUUUUUCUAUUGACUAUGAUAAGAGUCUCUUUAAUACACUCACCCCUCCUCCUCAGAUGAGAACUUGCCAUCAUUGUGGUCUGUCUGGAUCCCUCAGAUGUUCACAAUGUAAGCAAAUAUACUAUUGCUCUGUGGAUUGCCAGAAGAGAGAUUGGUCAGUACACAGCGUUGUGUGUGAGCCCGUUAAGCAGAAUUUAAGUAAUAGCAGUGGAGGCAAGUUACCUGCUAAAACCAAGACAGGAUUUUACGUUAAGGGAAAUUUAACGACUGAGGAUUCCUUCAAGACAAAAGAGCAUAUAAAGAAGAUAAUGUUUUCAGAUCUCCAGACUCUAGGAAUCAAAAAAUCUAUGGAAGUACAGGGUACAGUAACAGAAUUCAAGAGUCCAAGUGAAUUUUAUAUACAGAUGAAUUCUCCCAAAGUUUUAGAGCGGAUUAGCAAACUUUCUGUAAAGCUGCAAGACUGUUACGCUAACGCCGCUAUUCAGGAGCAGUACGUUGCGAUCAGAGGGGAAGUCUGCGUGGCAAGGAAUUCUGUGGAUCAGAUAUGGAGAAGAGCAUUGGUUAAAGAUGUGGAUGUAUUGCAAAAGAAAGCACGAGUGUUCUAUAUAGAUUGUGGAAAGGAAGAAAACAUUCCACUCUCCUGGAUUAAAGCUCUAUACAAAGACAUUGAACUGUUUCCUCCAUGUGCAAUUAAGUGUUCCUUUGCCAAUUAUGAUCCUGAACAACAAGGAGGCAAUGAAGGCACUGCUCUCUUUUCUUCCAAGCUGAUGGGAAAGACCUGUUCAGUAAUUGUUGUUGAUGUACUGCAAGAGGAAAUAAUGUCAAGUUUUGCUGUAGAUGUUGUUCUUCCAGAUUUGUCAGAAAACAAUUCUAAGGAAAGUAAAGAAAGAAUACCUGAAGAUGAAGAACAGCAUUGCUGUGGAAAUAUAACAGCCCAGUCUGUCUCUAUAUGUAUUGGAGACACCUUUUCUGUUGUGGUUUCCCACAUUCAAAAUCCAGAAGACUUUUUCUGUCAGCAGAUACACAUUGGCCGUCGUCUUGCUGAGCUUCAGGCGCAUCUUUGCCAAUACUGCAACAAACUUCCAAGUAAUCCAAACUUCCGACCAGUUUCUGGAGAGCUGUGCUGUGCCCAGUUCACAGAAGACAAUGUCUGGUAUCGUGCUGCUGUUAUAGCACAUGCUUCUGAAGAUAACAUUGUGGUGGGUUAUAUAGAUUAUGGUAACUUUGAAGUUCUGCAGCCAACUAGACUUCGUCCUAUGAUUCCAAAGCUAAUGGACUUGCCAGCUCAAGCCAUAAGAUGUACUUUGGCAGGUGUCAAGCCACUGUUGGGAGCCUGGACCUCAGAAGCUAUUUCUCUUAUGAAACAAUUAGUAAAAGACAAAGUGUUCACAGUGAAAGUAGUGGAUAAAGAGAGUUAUAGAUGUGUGGUGGAGCUCACAGAUGCAUCAGUAAUUCCAGAAAUAAAUAUAUCGAGAUGUCUCAUAGAGAAAGGCUGUGCAGAUGAAGCAUCAAGAUUGGCUUUGCAAGCAAUUGAAACGGGUGAUGUUAAGCAAGCAAAUCAGGACACAACAAACAAACAAAAAUGCAGGUGGAGUAAAUUCUCUCAUAAACAAGCAGUAGAUGUGAUCGUGUGUACACUGUACACUCCUGGAGAAUUCUACUGUCAGAUUGCAAAUAGCAAUGAGUUACGUGUUCUAAACUCACUUAACAAAUCAUUGUUUGAAUAUUGCCAGAAAACUCCUCCAAAUGUUUUGAAGCCUGAGAAAGGAGAACCUUGCUGUGCUUUAUUCUCUGAUGAUGGUAACUGGUACCGGGCUUUGGUGGAAGACAUUAUUUCAGAUAGAGUUGUUCGAGUUCACUUUGUGGACUAUGGAAAUGUUGAAGAAGUACCAGUGGAUAACAUACGGCAGAUUUCCUCCUCAUUCCUAGAGCUGCCAUUUCAAGGAAUUAAAUGCUGGCUUUCAGGUAUAAAGCCUGCUGGUAGCAAAUGGAGCCCAGAAGCUACAAAAAGAUUUCAUAAGUGCACUGCAGGAAUGAAGCUUCAAGCCAGAAUUAUUUCAUUUUCCAGAGAUGGGGCAGGUGUAGAACUUAUUGACAAUUCUAUGGGUCAUCCAAAAGUGAUUAAUGAGAUGCUAAUUUCUGAGAAAUUGGCUGAGAAGGAAGAUCUGCAAGAUAAAAAUACUUUUCCAAAAACCUCACUUAGGCACUGGGAGUCAAUAGAAUUGGCAGUGGAUCAAACCAUAUCCGUCUGCGUGACAGAAGUUAGAAGCCCAGACUUGUUUUAUGUUGUACCAGCUUACUGCAAAGAUGGAGAUAAACUACUUAAGCUGUUGACUGAACUACAGGACUAUUGUAAGUCUUGUAAGAAGCAGCCUUUCAGACCAACACUUGGUGAAGCCUGUUGUGCCCGGUUUUCAGGUGAUGGGCGUUGGUACCGAGCUGUUGUUCUAAAAGUUUCUCAAUCCACAGUUGAAGUACUGUAUGCAGACUAUGGGAACACAGAAAAUGUACCACUUUCAAAUGUGCUGCCAAUCACUGAUUCCUUCUUAAAGAUUCCUUUUCAGGCAGUUACAUGUUCACUUGCAGGAAUAAAGAAAGUUGAGUGGUCUCCAUUGGUUCUUGACACACUAAAGGAAAUGUUACUGAAUAAAUAUGUCACAAUCACAGUGAAAGGACUUAGAGGAAAUAUUAAAUUGGUAGAAGUGGAGAAAGAGAGUGAAAGUGGUAGCCUGAAUGUGGCAGACAAAUUAGUAACAGAGGGUUUGGUGAGAUACUGCAAAGCUGCAAACUCGGAUGUUGCACAUCAAGGCAGUAGAAGUGAGACCAAAUGCUGCUGUGCAGAAUUAAAAAUGCAGCUUAACAAACAUGAACAGGUUCUCCUCUUCCUUUUAAACAAACACCACAAUCCAGACAGAUACGAAGAAAUGAAAAAAAUGUUGGAAAGCUGAGUCUGAAGUUCUGCUCAGUUUAUAUAGAAUCAUGGAAUCACAAGGUUGGAAAGGACCUACAAGAUCAUCUUCUUUGGAAGAGCAGUUUUAUUCAUCGUACUAAAAAUGAGUUACUUCCUCUGUUACUUAAAUAAUUUGUAUCAGUCUGUAUAUUUGGUCUGUUAUCAAAUGUAUAACGUUAAGAUUUCAAAGCUGCAAGCUGAACUUUUUGUUCUGUUUUUGUUUGGUAGCUCAGUGUUGAUAAGUUUUCUUUGUUUUGCUGUUGAAUGCACAUGAGUUUAUGGAAUUGUCACAGCAUCUUGAAAAUACCCUGUUAAAUUAAAAAUGAUUGUAAUCAUGA